UUGGCGACCGACAUCGACCGGUUUGGCUAGUUUUUUUUCAUUUGCCUAUAGGUUUACCUGUUGUCAUCAUUAUUGUUGUUUGUUUGUUUGUUUGUCUGUCUGAUUGUUCGUGUUUUGUUUGUUAAUUUACUCACAAUUCAGUUGUUCGUAAAACGAAAAACAGAAUUAAUAAUUUUGUUUAAAAAAAUCAUAAAUAUUCAAAUAAAGUUUAUUUCUCAUUUUGAAAAAAUUGUCAUAUUGAAUAUAUCUUUGUCCUGUGAUAAUGUGCGAAACAAACCGCGUACAACAGAUAUUGACAUUUAAACAUUGUGCCAAUAAUAAUCGGAUUUUUUGUUUUGAUAUACCGGAUCGAUGUCCAUUAUGUGAAAAAGAAAUCCUUAAACGAGAUGUUGAUAAUACAGAUGAAAUUGAAUUCAAUGAUGAUGAUCAUUCGAUUAAAGAAAUUAAAUCAUUACCAAAUCCAUUGAAAGCCGCUAACAAAUCAAAAUGUGCUUUGGCUAUUCGCCCAACUAAAGGAGAUUUUCUAAGCGAUUAUAAGAAUACAUCUGAUCUACACAUUUGUCUGACGAUGUCGGAUGGAAAAAUUGUCGAGUUUGAUGAUAAAGGUGCAAGAGUCAGCGAAGAUGGAAACGAAUGGCAAUCAUGUCUCAUCAUAAAUAUGUUCGAUUACCUUCCGGCUAAAAUAAACAACCAUUGGGAUAUUAAACUACGAGAAUUCAUAGCGAAUAAACGAUGGGCGAAAUCUGAAUAUCAUUCCGUCGAUAAUAAUUGUUUCGAUUUUGUUUUAGAAUUCUUACGAUCAUUGAAUAUGAAACAAUUUGAAACAUCCAUUGAAAGUAAAACGAAAUUCUGUGAAACAUUUAUAGUUCCAAGGACCAAACUAUUGGCCCGUUAUAUUUCAUUAUUUAGAAAGAUAAGAUCCGAUGGUUUUGUCAUACUUGGAAUGAAUAAAUAAAUAUUGAUUUGGUUUUAAUAAAUUUUUUUGACAAAUUGUUACAUUGUAAGCUCGAUUUCGACCGUCGUUAAUCGCGAAACCACCGUAUUUACUUGAAA